UCAAAACAGCUGAUUGCAAACUAUUUGUGGCAUAUCUGUCAUGUUUCACUGUGUGCGAUACGCAUUUUUGUUGAAUUUUUAGCAAAUAAUAAAUUUCACCGACAAAAUUAGUUCGGAUGCGAUUGUGGCGAAAGAUUCAAAGGACCUUAAAUGAAGCAAAUUACUUAACUUCAAUUGAAAAUCAAUAGUUGUAUUUGAAGUAGACGACAGAGAAACUCAGAAGAGAAAAAUGUCGGCUGAAUCGGCAGUGUGUGAAGCAUUGAUGUAUGCCUGCAGUCAAGAUGCCCAGUUACUGAAGCCAGCGGAGCAGAAACUAGCAGAAUGGGAGAUUCAGCCGGGAUUUCAUCUAAUAUUGGUUAAGCUAUUUUCGGAUCAAUCAAUUGAUGCGAAUGUUCGUUGGAUGGCGUCACUGUACUUCAAAAAUGGAGUAUUGAAAUAUUGGAGAAAAAAUGCACCGAAUGCAAUCGACCCGGAAGAAAAAAAUGAAAUCAAAAAAAUUCUACUGCUAAGAUUUAACGAACCUGUUCAACAAAUCGCAAUUCAAAUUGCAGUGCUAAUUGCAAACAUUGCACGUUUCGAUUGUCCCCAAGGAUGGCCUGAGUUGGUGCCCACUUUAGUGGAAGUGGUUCAGAGUAACGAUUUGUUGCUACAGCACCGAGGAUUGCUGAUACUACUGCAUGUAGUAAAAGUACUCUCAUCUAAAAGACUUCAAAGGGAUAGAAACUAUUUUGAGGAUCUGACUACACAACUGUAUGAAUUCAUUUUGAACUUGUGGGACGGUUUUACUCAGCUGUUCUACUCCAACAUUCAGGAACGAGCUCAGAUAGAAUUGUGUGCAGCGAACCUAGAAAAAGCGAUAAUAUCCUUACGGAUUUUAAAAAAGUUGACCAUCUACGGUGUGUAUGGUCCACACUUGUCGCCCAAAUGCAUGAUGUUCAUUCGGGUGGUAUUUCAGCGACUGAAGGAACUGUUAGACUGUCGAUUGCAGGUUAAACAAAUCGAAAAACAACAAAUUACUGGUGGAAAACUCUGUGGCCAAGUAGAAAAAUACAUCAUAAAGCACAUGAAGUUCCUUAACUUGUUCUUCGAGACACACCCAGCAUCGUUCGUCGAAUUCAUUCCAGGGGCCUUUGAGUUUUCCUUUCACUAUGUAUUUCAUGAGGGGACGAAUCUAAUUUUCGAGGACAACGUUAUUACAUUCCCCAACUUUGCAAUACAGUGUUUGAAUCUGAUUAGAGGUAUUCUUUCACAUAAUUUGACUCACGUGGACGGGGAUAGAGAGCAAAUCAUAAACAAGGCCAAGAAUGAUUUUUUCACACCAGACCGACUGAGCUAUAUUUUCGAAAAAAUAAUUAUGCACUAUUUUUUGCUGACAUCAGAAGAAUUUGAACUCUGGGACAGUGAUCCUGAAAGUUACGUAUUGGAUGAAGGAGGUGAUUCGUGGAAGUACAAUCUAAGGAGUUGUACAGAGGCAUUCUACAUGAUACUGUUCCAAAAGUACAGCCCGAUGCUAAUUAUAGAGCUGCAAAAAUUCAUCGGUAAAUCGCAAGCACUGACUCUGACUGAAUCUUCGAAUAUCAGUGACUUGUUGAUAAAAGAUUCGAUUUACAACGCCACAGGGUUAGCAGUCUUCAAUUUGUUCGAUGAGAUCAAUUUCGACGAAUGGUUUACUCAGCAGUUGCUCGAGGAAUUAAAGUUUAAGGGCCAUAACUAUCGGAUUAUUCGGAAGCGUAUUAUUUGGCUAAUUGGGCGAUGGACAGGAGUUAGAUUUUCAAAAUCUCUGCGACCAGAAGUAUACCGUGCUUGUCUUGAGCUCCUGCAACCUUCAGAGGAUUUAGCGGUUCGUCUCACUGCAUCUAAAACCUUAAAAAACAUCAUGGAUGAUUUUGAGUUUGAUGCCGAACAGUUCCUGGAAUUUUUGGAACCAGUAAUUACUCUCCUGUUUACUCUACUAAAGGAAGCCAGCGAAUGUGAUACCAAAAUGACGAUUCUAUACGUGAUGUCGUUCAUUAUUGAGAAAAUGUCGAUGGCUAUUAAAUUAGAGGUCGAUAAUUUAGUCCAAUAUCUUCCCCUACUGUGGGAUGAAAGUCGAGAACACGAUAUGUUGCGGUGUGCCAUCAUUUCAACUUUGCUGCAAACUAUAAAAGCGUUGUACGCAAUCCCUGCAGGAGAGUCGGUUGUUGCAUUUAUUUACCAGGUAAUCGAACUGAGUACAAAUAUAAAUGAACCGUCCCAUGUCUAUUUGCUGGACGACGGUCUAGAACUUUGGUUAAUCGUUGUCCAAUAUAGCAAAGCAAUGAACAGUGAUCUUUUACGGCUUUGUGAUAAUCUUCUACCACUUAUUGAGCAAUCUUCCAGUAACCUGCGAACGUGUUUAGCUAUUGCACAAACCUACAUCUUUUUGUGUCCAGAUAUCUUUUUGCCACGGUAUGGGAAGGAUAUCGUAAAGACAUGCCAUUAUCUACAAACAGACUUGAGAGCGGAAGGUAUCGUUGUUAUCUACCGAUUAUUUCUAACCAUUCUUCGCGCUGCACCAAAGUAUUCCAUCGAGCUACUAAGGCCGUACCUGGUUGAAGUUUUUAGGAAAUACUAUGAGCAUGAAGCGUAUCCUCAAAUCACUCAGAUGUAUUUGCAAAUCAUUGCACGGGUGCUGAUGCUGGAUCAGGUCACAUUCAGCAUGGUUUUGUCUGAGCUGCUAAUCCCAGAUGCCCUGGAGAAAAUAAUAACGACUUGGAUUAAUGAAAUGCCUUUAAUAGCACACAUUUAUGACAAAAAACCGCUCGGUCUGGCAUUGACUAGUUUGCUAACUGUGUCAAACGAGGUUAUCUUUGAAAAUUUUAGUGGUAUCCUUAACGGCAUUAGCGAAACGCUACAUGAUAUUACCAAUGAAGACAAACACACUGGAGCUAAACUAGAUUCUCUUUUGUUGACAGAUGACAAUGAAGAAGAACUGAGCAUGUUGAUGUUUGACUACGGCUUCAUUGACACGGAGAAUAUGCAGAACGAAACUCCUCAUUAUGAUCGCUGUAAAGUGAUUUGCUUGCAGGACCCUACACAUGUGAUAGCACUGAAAGAUUAUCUUCAAAGUCAGCUGAUUGCACUUAAAACAACAAUAGGCGCAGAACGUUAUCAGUCCUUGAUAUCUCGGAUUGAUCUACAGAUACUGAAGGAACUGAGCGAGUUUGUCUCAUUAGGUAUUCAGCUUCCUGUACAGAAUUUGCAGUAAACUUGUACACCGACAAGUAUUUGGAGGCCUUUUUAAUCUACACUGUUAUUUAACUUUUUCUUAAAAUUAUUUUGGUUAUAUUUUUAUUAAACACCCCGUGAAAUUGGUAA